AUGCCGAUGCCGGUGGUCUCGCUGGUUAAAGCCGACUGCAGGCAUCCUCCCGCCUCACCCCUCCUCACCCCUCCUCACCCCUCCUCACCCCUCCUCACCCCUCCACACCCCUCCUCACCCCUCCUCACCCCUCCUCACCCCUCCUCACCCCUCCUCACCCCCCUCACCCCUCCUCACCCUCCUCACCCCUCCUCACCCCUCCUCACCCCUCCUCACCCCUCCUCACCCCUCCUCACCCCUCCACACCCCUCCCACCCCUCCUCACCCCUCCUCACCCCUCCUCACCCCUCCACACCCCUCCUCACCCCUCCUCACCCCUCCACACCCCCUCCUCACCCCUCCUCACCCCCUCCACACCCCCACCUGCCUCGCAUGUGCACCAGAUCAGCAUCAGUUAAUGAAAGUGCAUUGAUUUCCCCGCGCCUCACGCAAACACUGUAUAAUCUGUCAGAUGAAAUUGAUCAGGAAAACAAGAAAGAUUUGGCCUAG